CUCCUUAAUAUCCUCGCAACUAAUAAGCCGCAUUUAUUUCGCACGGCUUUACCAUCCCUUCCGAACCACAGAGAGAGAGAGAGCACGCGAUGAUUAUCCGAGCCAUCAUGGUUCCCAAUUGCGGUAAUGGCUCAAUAUGCCCAUCUCCACCAACAACCAACCUCUCGUUCGCUGGCAGCACCGGCCACCGGCGGUUGGCAUCCAUGGCGGCGCUGCGACCUAGGUUGCCAGAGCGGCCAAGCGCGUCGCGCUUGGCAUCCAGGCCACCCGCGGCGGCGGGAUAUGUCGGGACCAUCGGCGAGCUGUCGGCGACGACGGAGAGCUUCUACGAGUUAUUAGGGAUUCCGGUGAGCGGCAGCCACGACGAUAUCAAGCGCGCUUACAAGCAGCUGGCGAGGAAGUACCAUCCCGACGUCUCCCCGCCGGAUCGCACGGAGGAGUACACUCAGCGCUUCAUUCUGGUACAAGAAGCCUACGAGACACUCUCGGAUCCUGAGUGUCGUGCCCUGUAUGAUCGCUACCUCGCCCGCGGCCUCCACUACGCGCUCUCCGCCCGGAGGCGAUUCGGUGAGGAGCUGGAGGAGAAAUCUGGGUGGAAAAAUCGUUGGCAGGAUCAGCUUGCAGAGCUGAAGAGGAGGAGUACGACCAAGAAUUCAGAAGAAAAUCUCUCUUGGGGAGCUCGCAUGCGAAAGCGAAGGGCAGAAUCUUUAGCCGAUUAGGCUUCUUCAAUCAUGCCUGAAGCUUCAUCAGAUUUAUGGAUUCAGCAGUAAGGCUGUAUCUAUAGAUCUCACCAAUUUCUUACUCUCUACAAGAUCAGUUGCUUCAAAGAAAGUGGAAAGUGGCAAAUGCCUCAAGUGUGAGAUCAAUUAGAAGCUGAAGUGAUGUAAAUUUCUUUGGCAUUGCUGCUAAUUAAGGUUUCGUUUGGGACGGCUUUUUUAUUGCUUCUUAAAGUAAUUUUUUAGUACAAAGAUUAAAACUUUUAUACUAGAAAGCUGCUUUAAGAAGCACUAAGAAAGUCGUCCCAAAUAAAACCUAAGGUGCCCUUUUAUGAAUCAUAUAUAAAAAUGUAAAUACUUACAUCUCUGUAUUCCCUGAUGUAUAUAUGUUUUCAGUCACUCUUAGGUAACAUUUUGACUGACCAUAUAUGUUCUUUGCUAA